AUGGACAAGUACGACAGCAGCGAAAAGAAAACAAUCUACCCCGCCCCCGAGCUGGUGGAGGAAGGCUACGGGAAAUUGGUGUUGCCCCCUGCCAGACUGUCACAAAGCACCACCCCACCUAACCCCAGCGCUACCCCAUCGCCCGGCACCGAGGGGUCCCCCGGGGGAGCCCGCGCGCAGGCCGAAGCAGCAGCAGCAACGGACUUCGCGCCUGGGGACUACACCCCAGACGUGCCGCCGGAGGUGGCUCUAGAGGGCUUGGGGGAGGGGCAGGGGCCUGACGCCUUAGGGGAGGGAGAGGUGGGCUUCGAGGACGAGGGGGCCGUCGGGGAGGACCCAUUCGACCCCGCCUACGUCGAGGACUUGCCACUCGCCGAAAUGGGCUACGCAGACAUGGGCUACAUGCCAGGAGCCUACGGUGACCCCUCAAUGAUGGGGGCACCAGGAGCCAUGGGCUACGGGGGAGCCAUGGGGGGAGUUGGUGCCUACCCAGUCGGGGCUUCAGGCUAUGCAAUGGGCGGCUCAGCCUACGGGCUAGACGGCACAUACUACGACCCGUACGCCAUGGGCGGUGGGAUGUACGGGGGUGGCAUGUAUGGGGGGCCAAUGUAUGGGGGGGGCAUGUACGGGGACUAUGAUGACCACUAUGACCACUACAAAAACCGAUACGAUGAAGAAUACGCUCAGAAGCACGCGAAAGAGGCUGCUAAGGAAGAGGCGAAGCGAAGGAAAGCAGAGGAGGAGAAGGAAAGAAAAGAAAGGGAGAAGGAGCAGAAAAAUGCCGAGAAAGAAGAGAAGAAGCGACUAAAGGAGGAAAAAAAAGAGCAAAAGAAAGCUGAAAAGGAAGAGAAAAAAGCGAAGAAAAAGGAGGAGAAGAAUGCAAAGGAAGCUGCUGGCGAUGAAAAAAAGAAGGACAAAGCAGCGUCCAAAAAGGAUGCCAAAGCAGACAAAAAAGACAAAAGUGCCAAAGCAGACACAAAAGACAAAAAGGCAAAGGAUAAAGGAGGGGACAAAGCAAAGGACAAAGGGAAAGAUAAAAAGGACAAAGGUGGAAAGGCAGCAGAUACAAAAACAGAUAAAAAGGGCAAAAAAGAAGGAAAGAAAGAAAAGGGGGGCGGCGACAGUAAAGCUGGCGGCAAAGAUGCCGCUAAAGAUGGCGCCAACAAAGGCAAGGACGAGAAGGCAGGAAAAGAUGCCAAAGGAGACUCAGCAAAAUCAAAAAAGGGAAAGGACAAGGCGAAAGAUAAAUCAAGUAAAAGCGCAGAUAAAGCAGCAGAUAAGACAGAAAAAGCAGCGGGCAAGAAAGAUAAAGCAGCAGCAAAGGCAGACAAAGCAGCAGCGAAGAAAGAUAAAGCGGAAGGGAAAGCAGACAAGGGAGCAGCCAAAGCAGGAAAUGGAAAGGACGGGGCGGCAGCCAAGGGCGGCAGUGACAAAGCACAGAAAUCCGCUAAGGGAGAUAAAACAGCUGACAAGGCAGCAGCAAAGGAACAGAAAAAAGCGGAGAAGGCAGCAGCAAAGGAACAGAAGAAAACAGACAAGGCAGCAGCCAAGGAACAGAAAACAACGGACAAGGCAGCAGCCAAGGAACAGAAAAAAGCAGACAAGGCAGCGGCCAAGGACCAAAAGAAGGCAGACAAAGCAGCGGCCAAGGACCAAAAGAAGGCAGACAAAGCAGCGGCCAAGGACCAAAAGAAGGCAGACAAAGCAGCGGCCAAGGACCAAAAGAAAGCAGACAAAGCAGCGGCCAAGGACCAAAAGAAAGCAGACAAAGCAGCAGCCAAGGACCAAAAGAAAGCAGACAAGGCAGCAGCGAAGGACCAAAAGAAAGCAGAGAAGGCAGCAGCCAAGGACCAAAAGAAAGCAGACAAAGCAGCAGCCAAGGACCAAAAGAAAGCAGACAAAGCAGCGGCCAAGGACCAAAAGAAAGCAGAUAAGGCAGCAGCCAAGAGCCAGAAGAAAGCUGACAAAACAAAGGCGAAACAGGAGAAAGCUGCAGCAAAUCAACAAAAGAAGGCAAGCAAGGCAGCUGCAAAACAGGAGAAGGCAGCUGCAAAAAAGCAGAAGAGUGCAGAAAAAGCGGCGAAGAAACAGCAGCAGAAAGCAAACAAGGCAGCAAAGAAGCAGCAGCAGAAAGCAGAUAAGGCAGCGACAAAGCAACAAAAGGCAGCCGCAAAACAGCAAAAGGCAGCAGCAAAAAAGCAAAAGGCAGCAGCCAAGAAGAGCAGUAAAAAGACGAAAUCAGCGAAAACGUCGAAGAAGUCGACGACGAAGACGAAAACUAAAAAGGCAAAGACAAAGAAGACGAAAACUAAGAAGACAAAGACCGUGAAAAGACGGAGAACAGUAAAGAAAAGGAAGUCAAGGAGAACCAAAAGGAGAAGGUGA